AUGGAUGGCAUCAAGCUCGCUGCGGCUGAAGUAGUUGUUUCGGCAAAUGAAACCGCUACGCCCUUUCCGCAUGCCCUGCCGGGGCACAAGCAGCUGAUGGGGAUUUUCGCGGGGGCGUACGUUGUUUACUGCAUCAUCUCGGCAGUCUAUCUCGUCUUCUUCCACCCGCUGUCCAAAUUCCCGGGCCCCAAGCUGUGGGCCGUCUCACGCAUCCCCUGGGCAUACUACGUCAUCAGGGGGGACUUGUGGGCGGUCCUGGACGAGCUGCACCACAAUUACGGCGGGUCGGUGCGGAUCGCGCCUGACGAGGUGACGACCAUCAAGCCCGGCGCGUGGAAGGACAUCUACGUGGCCAAGCCCGUGCUGGCCAAGGACCCGUACAGCCUCACGCCGCCGCUCAACGGCGCGCACUCGCUCUUCACGGCCGAGGGCGACACGCACCGGCGGCUGCGCGGCGCGCUGGUCAACGGGUUCGCCGACAAGGCGCUGCGCGACCAGGCGCCUAUCGUCGAGGGCUACGCCGACCAGCUCAUCGCGCGGCUGCGGCGCGAGGCGGCCAAGAGCAAGACGGCCGGCGGCGGCGGCGGCGGCGGCCACGGCCAGGUCAUCGACAUCCAGCGCAUCUUCGGCUACGCCACCUUUGACACGGUCACGGACCUCAGCUUCGGCGAGUCGCUGCUCAACACGCUGGAGCGCGACACGGACAACGACGAGAUCCGGGCCUUCUUCCUGCACGCCAAGUUCAGCACCAUCCGCAACUGCCUCAGCCGCUUCUCGCCGCUCGACGUGCUGCUGGGCCUGUUCCUGCUAGGCGCCACGCGGGCCACGCGCGAGCGCAACUGGCGCCUGACCACGGCCAAGAUCGAGCGGCGCCUGGCCCGCGGCGACCUGACGGGCGUGCGGUCCGACCUGUUGACGCCGCUGGUCGGCAAGCUCGACGACGGCGCCGCGCUCAAGGGCACCAUCAGCCGGAAGGAGCUGACCACCAACCAGCUGGCCUUUGUCAUCGCCGACUGCCAGCUCACCACGGUCGCCCUGGCCACGGCCACCUACCUGCUGCUGCGCGACCCGCCCAAGUGGCGCCUGCUGGCCGACGAGGUCCGCGCCCGCUUCGAGCGCGACGACCAGAUCACGGUGCAAGCCACCACCCAGACCCUGCCCUACCUCGAGGCCGUCAUCAACGAGACCAUGCGCUUCCGCCACCCGACGCCCAUCAGCCUGCCGCGCUGCAUUCCGCCGGGUGGCCGGACGGUUGAUGGGCAGCACAUUCCCGGCAAUACCAUCAUCGGCAUCAACCUGCAGAACAUCCAGACGACGCCGACGCUGUGGGCCGACCCGCACGAGUUCCACCCCGAGCGCUUCCUGCCGGCGUCGGACCCGCGGUACAGCCGCCGCUUCGACGGCGACGUCAAGGAGGCUUUCAUGCCCUUUUCCGCGGGGCCGCGCAACUGCCUGGGGUCAAAAGUCUACCUGGCGCAGGCCCGCAUGUUCCUCGCCAAGGUCGUCUGGAACUUCGACCUGGCCAUGCGCGACCCGCAGCGCGACUGGCUGGACCAGAAGGCGUAUCUGGUCUUUGAGCCCAAGCCGCUGUUUGUGGAGCUGAGCGAGCCAGAGCGGGAGAUGCGUGUCUAG